AGAAGGACGCCGCCUAAACAGAGCCGCAAAUAUUGAAUAAUUCAGUAAACAGUAAGGAUUUUUGGAAACAACAUCUUGAAAUAUGUUAAAAAGCAAUCAGGUUUUUCUAGUGAGCUAUUUCAAUUUAUUUCGUUCCUGUCGCUGUGGAAAGACCAAUUUGAUACAAACUUCGAAGAUGUUCUCGACCGCAGCUCAUUUUUACAAAAUCGGUUUAUUGUCGUUAUCUGUUCCGAGAUGUCCUUCUCUUUACUUCCUCGGUCAAAACGAACCUAACGGAAAUUAUAAGGGCUGCUGGAAACGAUCAAGUUCAAACUCUUCGUAUAUCACACCCAGUGGAGUUAGUUUUCAUUUUGAUACUCACAGGCUGGUCAGAAGACUACAGGAAAAUGGAUUUACAGAAGCACAAGCUGAAAGCUUGACAACAUCUUUGGUCGAAAUAAUCACAUCAAGUGUUCUCAGUGUAACUAAUAGCACUGUUUCAAAAAUUGAUCAGGAAAGGCUUGAAGUCAAAUUCAAAGGCUUAGUUGAUUCAGUAAGAAAUGAGAUGUUCCUUCUUGAGCAAGGCAAAUUUGCUCGAAUUCAAGAGGAAAACCAGAAACUAAGAGACGAAGUGAAAUCCCUCAAAGGAAUCUUAGAGGAUGAGGUAGCGAAACUCCGAGGCGGAAUGGCGCUAGAUUUCAGCUUGGAAAAGAGUGGUGUCAAAGAAGAGCUUGCACAGCGGGACCAGAAAAUUAAGGACACAGAGAAUAGAAUAGAGACAGAGGUAGCGAAACUGGGGACACAACUUGAAGCACAGAAGUUGGAUUUAAUCAAGUACAUUGUCGGAAGCUUGCUGUCUUGUGUGACACUUUUCCUAGCUGUCUGGCGAUUUGUGAAGACAUAGUAGAAUAGUUGUAUAGAAAAAAACGAUUAUACGAUAGCUUUUUAUUUGGGACUAAACUUCCGCUUAGCUAGCGGGCAACUUGUCGCAACCAUGGACGUUUUCGUAGAAAGGUAUAUACUGAAGGAGUUACCUUUUAGCCCCCAGAAUUGUUCAUUAUGUCAAAUCUCCUUCCAAUUUUUGAUACACACUUUAUGAGAAUUUAGAAAUUCAUCAGCUGGGUGACAAUUUCGAGAUCGAGCCUCAUUCUUCAAACGAGUCAACAGAAAAAUAUAUCGUUAUUAGCUUGGAAGAAUAAAUUUAGAGAUCCAGGGAGUGAAAAGGUUGAAAUAAAGUAUAUACCUCUCGCCGGAAAUACUCUGAGAGGAGUUCCAAAAGAUUAUAACUUUAAAAUUACUGAUUAAUGAAAAUCCCCUGUUCUAAUGAUAUUUGUUUUAGAUAACAUGUACCAUGUAUUAUGAUAAACUGCAGAAGUGGCGUUUUUGCAGAGUAAAUCCUAUUCCUUUUUUUUUUUUUUUUCAAGAAAAAAAAUCUAUUGCAACUUUGGAUACAAAACGUCCCGCUAAUUUAAGAGCCGCCCUUUUCGGUCCUUUUUUUUUAACAGUGACGCCAGAUUAAACCGUGAGAGUUGGGUCCUGUCUCUUUGUAAACGAUUUUACUGACAACCAUGCUUGUUAAGAUCCACUUUCCUAACCCAAGAAAUAUUACUGUUUAAGAAAUUAUAGAUCUUUAUUUGCCUCCGAUCAGUGUCUAAUUUUUAUUCAACGUGUGUGAAACGGCUACCGACGGGCUCGCAUUUGCUCAUAGUAUUGUAAAUAGCUAAAAAAGUUUGGCUUUCGGUUGAAGGAUAUCGUUAGUGUGGAGUGCACAUUUUGCUUCAAUCGGAGGCUUAAAGCGCGGGGACAGCUAAGGGAAGAUUGAGUGGGGUGAUACAAAUCCUUUCCUAUUCAUUUCGUAUCUCUGUUUGAGAGAAAAAGCCUUUAAAUUAUAGCCUUUCGGUCUGGAGGAGGCACGUGUAAUGUAAUAAUUUAUGCGGUUAAAACAGAAUAGUGAGGUCAAGGGUUUUUGUGUGUUUCUUAUCUUGUUUCUUUUUUAAUUAUUUUUAGUUUUUAUUUUGAAUAAUGAUAGUAUACACGCGGUACACGCUCUAACAAAGUCCAAAAGCCUCUGUACACCAUCAGUCCCGUAUUACGUUAAGAGCUGCUUGUCCAAGAGGUCAUGAAGCGAAAAUGCAAGCACUGUGAAAUUAAAAUCAUGAACCACAUAAAACCAUAACCUUUUCAACAGCACAAACUCAUUCAGGAAAAAUAUUGAAAAGUACGUCUUCCAGCGUUUACACUCCUCAUCCUUGUGCACCGCUACUUGCUCCGUUUCAGCUUUCAAUGGACAAUAAACACUGUAUUUUUUGCGUAUGUGAUCGCUUUAAGAAUCGUAACUUCAUUUUGAAAGAGGUUUCCCCUUGAAUUUUAGUGCUGAUUUCAUUCCUUAUCAGCAAUGAAAGAAACUCGAAGCAUGAUAAAAUAGAUUUGUUUUAGUCAGCAUAUGAAAAGUUUCUAAGGUAAACAGAUGAUCACUCAGCAAAGGUAAUUGGUGCCAUUUGUCCCCACUAGGACGAGAAAUCAAUUAGUUCUUCAGUGUUGUUAAAUAAAGAAUGAUGUUUUAUAGGUAAAAGGUUUCAUUGCGUCAUGCACGCCAUGCACCAAAUUUGCUUUGUAUCACAUUCCAUGUAGGAGUUUUACUAUUAAAUUUCAAAGAUUAAAAAAAGGAUUUUUUACCGUGACAUUUAGUUAAUGAGUUUGAUAUUUGA